GCAUUCCUACUUCUCUAACAGAAUGCAGUACACCGUAUACAAAGGUAAAUCAUCCUCUGCUGUACUCACUGAAGCCGGAGUCCCCCAAGGCGCUGUACUCUCCCCACUUCUCUUUUCUUUCUACAUGACUUACCAUCUUCAAAUGACAUUAAUUUUGUCAAAUAUGCUGACGACCUGUCUGUAUCUUUGCCUGUCAAAUGUCAAAGCGACUGCUCUAAACUUUCUGUCAGAAAUCAGCCAGUGGUCCAAGGAAAGCGGUCUUACCCUAAACCCCUCCAAAUGCCAAACAGUCAAUUUCACCUUUAGGCAUAAAUCCGACCUAAACAAACUGGUUGGCUCUCACGAGGUAUGCAACAUAGAUGGCACUGAAAUAGAAACCAAAUCGGAAAUUAAAUACCUAGGCGUCAUUCUAUCUGCUGAUCUCUCCUGGUCGUCUCAUAUCUUGGCGAUUUCUGAGAAAAUAUUCCGUCUUACCUUCUACAUCAAGAAGUUAAGACUUUCUGGUAUAACCCAACCCUUACUCCUACAAUUCGUGAAUUCUCGCAUUCUGUCUAUUAUUCUCUAUUGUUCCCCCUUAGUUUUUCCAGGGCUACUGAAGAAAGACUAUAACAUAUUACGCAGGAUGUUAAAGGUUGUCAGCAGGGUAAGCAACGUGACACUUAACCAGCUUGUUAAUAUUCUGGUUGACAGGCACAUGGACUCAUGUGAAAAAUGGGCCAAAUCCAUUUUAUCUAACUCACACCACCCUCUUCAUUCACAACUCUCCCCUUGCAUCUCAUCAGGAAAAACCAGAAGCCUAUAUAGAAAACUAUAUGCUCGCACCAGCAAGUACAAAAACUCAACCAUACCCUACUUAGCUCAUGUUCUGUGUGAUAAAGAAAGCAUUAGGCGUGACACCUAUAAUUCAUUAAAUAGUCAGUAGUACAACUGGACUUCGUCC